AAGUAUUAGAGUUUCAGCUUCAGUAUCAAUCCUAUAAUCCUAAUGGAUUAUAUUAAUUGAUUUUCAAAUGCUGAACUAGCCCUGCUUGCAUCUCCUGUUGUGUAUAAUUAUUUCUAUGCAUUGUUGGAUUCAAUUUGCUAAUAAUUUGAUGACUUUGCAUCUAUGUUCAUGAGAGACACUGGUCUGUAGUCUCCUUUUUUUGUAAUGUCUUUGGUUAUAUUAUUAGCAUAAUGCUGGCCUUAUAGAAUGAGCUAGAAAGUGUCCCUUCUGCUACCUCUUGGGUGAGGUUAUACAGAAUUAGUAUGGUUUUGUCUAUAAAUGAAUUGGUAGAAUUUACCUGUGAACCAUCUGGACAAUAUUGCCAGUUUUUAAAAUGAAUUUUCUUCAGUUUUCAUCUCAAUGAUCUAGCAUAGAACCUAUUUAUCAAGAAUUAUUUAGAAUUUGAGCUAAUUAUUUAGCCUAUCUGAAUCUUCACAAGCUUUUAAAUGGGGAUAACAAAAUCUGCCUCACAAAAUCAUUAAGCUUAUAUUCUGCAAUUGUCCAGCACUGUGCCUAGCACACAGUAGAUACUGUGAAAGUAGUACUACCUUUAGCCCCUUGAUUCUGUGGUCUAUUGACUUAACUUUCUUGCAAAACAAAUGCUUAUAAACACACAAAUGUGUGUAGUGUUUUAGAAAGUUAGAAAACUUCAGUGUAAUAAAUUUCUCUAAACAAGGUUGAAUUAUAUUAAUGUAUACCAAACUACCUGUAUUUGUUCAGAACUUAUGCUUCAUCUUAUCUAGAUCUAUACUGGGGAUCUCAUAUGUGUGGGUAUCAUUUUCUGAUGCUCUCAGUGGUAAUAUACAAUCUGAUACAUAUGAAUGUUCUGUGGGAUCAAGGAGACAAAAUUGAAAAUUGGGCUUGUUUCAUAAAAUCCAGGCUUUAUGAUCAUCAUAUGAACUGUAUUAUGUAGUAUGUUAGAUUGGCAGUGAGCGGAAUAGGAAACUGCUGUAAGAGGUGUGGGAAGACACUUUUGCCCAAAGCACUUAUUCUUCAACCAGCUUAUUACUGCCCAAAUUCCACAGCUUUCUUGGCAUUCCAAUAUCCUAUGGACUGAGAAGAACCAGUCUUUUCGGGAAAGGUUAUAGAUUAAGUCAUUCAUUGUAUCAGGCAAUGAAAGAGGGGUUUAUUGGUCUUUUUCUAAAAGCAGAUUAUUAGUAGAGGUGGCAGAACAAGAAACAAGAAAGCAAAGGAUGGCAGGCAAAUUUACUUUUUUACAGGUGGCUGGGUUUGGGCUCUGGUAAUGUGGGGAAUUUGCAUGCAAUUUAACUGCAAGGAAAAAAAACACACAAAACCUAUUUCUGGCAGAUAUGUAAUGGGAAUUUUCACCAAGUGGAUGAGAAUAGAACUGCUGAAAUGCCCUCAUCUACAUAUAACAGUCACUUUAAAGUAAUCUUUGGAAAAGUACUGUAUUAACCUUUUAAAUGAAUGUUCCUCUCUUUUUAAAAGGAAUAAUCAUAAGACAUGAAUUUUAAUGUCUGGAAUAUCAAAGAUAUGUUCAGUAUCCCCUCAGGCUCUGGGGCCACUAAGUCAUCUAACUGGAAUAACAAUCAGACUGAUUACUCCAGUCUCAGUGAUUCCCAGUUCCUUUUUGGAUCCCAGUUCUGUCCGGAAGGUUCACAGACCCUGUCAACACCCGUGGACUCUGAAGUCCACUUGAGACAUCCAAAACAGUCACAACAGAAUUCUCUGGAUAGUGAACCUAGUAUUUUCACAAAGUACCAAACAAAACCCCAGCUGCUUGGAGGAGAUCCAAAAGAUGGAGGCUUGUUUCCUCUUCCUUUGUCUCUUGGAAAACCAAAAGGCCUCUUGGAACAGUUUGAGGAGAAAAAGAAAAGUGCAAAAGAGAAAUGUGACAGUGAGACUUUAUACAACUUCAUUUCCCAUAUCAAAGAAAGCAUUCACAAGUUACAGACAUCAGUGGAAGAGUCUGAGGAACAUCUCAGUUCCAGAAGUCAGUCUAUUUUGGAUUCUUUGGAAACUGUGGCCAAGACAUGGCAGGAGACUGCAAAAGCUCAGAGUGGUCUGAUGUUGGAAAUAGUGCAGGACAAAGGCAACGUGGACCAGGCCAUCCUUGAGUUGCAAAAGAGACUCGAAGCUAGACAAGCAGAGUUUAUAGAAAUGAAGUCCGACCUGAAGCACCUUGAAGUUUUGGUUACCCAGCAGAGUAAGGACUUUCAGCAGCUGUGUGAGCAUCUAGGCCCGCUGAAUAUGCCCAGUGUUCUAGCAGAGUUAAAGCGAGUGACCUCCAUCGCUCUGACACCCAAACACGUGAAAGACAGUGCCUCUCAGACCUCACCACCUCUGGCGCAGAGCCUUAGUUUCCCCGGGCAGGACAAAUAUACCUCUGAGAAGCCAGUUACGUGGCAGGCCCAGGCCCUCCCUGCUGCAUGCAGUCUUAGUGUGGGCUCCCCAAGGCCCAGGGAGUUUGCUGUCUGGGGUGAGGGAUCAAAGAGGGAUGCUCUCCAAGAAGAGGCUGUGCAGCUGGCAGUUGGAACCGGCAAAAGAAACAGGCAAAUCAAGGGCAGGGCCGUGCAGACUAACUGCCAGAACUCUGUUACUAAAACAGGCUCUGAGAACUGUGGCUCUGCCAUCCUGGGUCACAAGGUUCCUAAAGAUAGGGACCCAGUUUUCCAAGGAGACUCGCAACUUAUAUCUCGAGGAUAUAAGGACUUAAACAACUCUGCAACCAGCAUUAAGAACACCAGCCAAAAAUGGCAAGCUAAAGGCGCAUCUUCAUGUGACCCUUGUGAGCAAAGGCUGGUGACGGAACAGAAAGGCGUAACUGAAGAAAGAGGGAAAAAAGGCAAGCAGCAGCCCAGGAAAGCCCCCAGGAGGAGGUCCCUACGCAGGAAGCAAGAACAAAUGCCCAGCAAAACCUGUGUUUCUAAUUCUAAAUAUCCUAGGCCUCCAGUUUCCAGCCCACAAAGGUCCCCCUGGGGACAGCAGGAAACUCUAGCUCAGCCCCUGCAACUUUGGGGCCCUAGGAGCCCCACAAAUCUAGUCUGCUCUGCUCAGGGAGGAACAGUCAUGCCCAGUAAGACCACGAGGGCAGAGCAAGAGAAGCUCGUGCAGCGCAGCGGGCAUUCCUCCCAAGACAACAGCCUGCUUUUUCCCAGUUUCCAGGGGGACCAAAAGAUUAGCUGGUUCAGUGAUCUCAAUGCCCUCAACCCCAGGAGAGAGUCACCUCAGUCCCAGGAGUCAGGGAAGAAUAUACUCUAUGACCUGGGUUUUGAUAGCAGUGAUGAUGGCUUCUGACCAGCCCAUAAUGACUUUGGCUGAUGGUUUUUGGUCUCGUUGGAAAAACAAAUCACAGAACAUUCCGGGUGGCUGAUGGCAGAGUUCUCAAAGCCUGCCUGGAGUCUUCAGGGUCAGAGGCUGGAC